AUGAUGCACCUCAAGUCCCUCACCCUCUUCCUCGGAGCUUUCCUCUCCGGAGCUCUCGCCGCCCCGGCAUCGGGUCCCCGUGGUGUGAGCCCCCAGGUGCUCCCUAACAAGUACAUCGUCACUCUUAAAAACAACCUCGUCAAGCCACAGGUUGACAACCAUCUCUCCUGGGUGCAAAACGUCCACCGUAGAAGCCUUGGCCGCCGUGACGGUGAGAUCACCGCCGGAGUUGAAAAGGUGUGGAGUGAGAGCUUCAAGGGAUACUCGGGCGAGUUUGAUGCUACUACUAUUGAGGAGAUUCAGGCCAGCGACGAGGUCCUUGCCAUUGAGCCCGUCGCUGUGUGGGAGCUCUACUCCCUCACCCGGCAGCUCAACGCCCCAUGGGGUCUCGGCAGCAUCUCCCACCGCACUGCCAACCACAGCACCUACGUCUACGACACUUCGGCCGGCGAGGGUACCUGGGCCUACGUCAUUGACACCGGUCUCAACACCGAGCACGAGACUUUUGAGGGCCGUGGCCAUCUCGGCUACAACGCCUAUCCUAACGUGCCCUUCGAGGACCGAAAUGGCCACGGUACGCACUGCGCUGGCACCAUUGCCGGAAAGGACUUUGGUGUCGCGAAGAAGGCCAACAUCAUCUCCGUCAAGGUCUUUGACACGGGAUCGUCCACCACCGACAUUGUCCUCGACGGCUUCGAGUGGGCCGUCAGCAACAUCACCAACACCCCCGGCCGCGCCGACACCUCCGUCAUCAGCAUGUCCCUCGGUGGCUCACGCUCCGAGGCCUUCAACGCCGCCGUCGAGGCCGCUUACCAGCAAGGUGUCCUCACCGUCGUAGCCGCAGGCAACUCCUACGACGACGCACAGUACUACUCGCCCGCGUCGGCCCCCAACGCCGUCACCGUCGGCGCCGUCGACGUCAGCAACACCAAGCCUGGCUUCAGCAACUAUGGUUCCCUCAUUGACGUCUUCGCUCCUGGUGUUGAUGUCCUUAGCGCUUGGAUCGGCUCCACCACUGCUACUAACACUAUCUCGGGUACCUCGAUGGCUUGUCCCCAUGUUGCUGGGCUUUCUCUCUACUUGAGGGCCCUUGAGGGCUUGACUGCUCCUGGGGAUGUCGCUGCUAGGAUUGUUGAGCUUUCUACGAAGGAUGUUGUCCUCUCUGCUGGGACUAACAGCCCUAACAGGCUUGCUUUCAACGGCGCCGUUGAUAAUGAUCGGCCACUCAAAGCCCAGUACAAGCGCGUGGAGAAACCAGUAAACAGCAUCGAGCCCUCGGAGCCAACAGGCGAGGGCGUGGGGAGAGGAGGGGAGGAAAUAGACGUGUCGAAUCCGAUUUCUGAGUCACGAAUGCAUGGCAUAAGCUGCCCCUCCCCCUCUCCUCUCAUUCAAGGACCGCUCCAAUGGAGUGUACGCAUGAAGUAG